AUGCAAGAAGGAGCUUGGGAUGUUUCGCAAUUGGAGGACAUGUCUGGCACUCGCCUUUCCUUUCAUUGCUGGCCAAGUUCGAGGCUAGAAGCAGCCCGUUGUGUGGUUCCUCUCGGUGCUCUAUACACACCUCUUAAGAAGCUACCUGUGAGUUGCGCUCCACCACAGGCCAUGCCCUAUGAUCCCGUCCGAUGCUCUUCGUGUCAUGCGGUGUUGAAUCCGUACUGCCAAGUGGACUUUCGGUCCAAACUGUGGAAUUGUCCCUUCUGCUUGACGCGGAAUCACUUUCCACCUCACUACGCUGAGAAUAUUACGGAAACAAACUUGCCUGCCGAAUUGAUUCCGCAAUACACCACUUGCGAAUACGAAUUGCAAAAUGUGCCCGAUCAAGGACCACCUUGUUUUUUGUUUGUAAUUGAUACUUGCACCACUGCCAAGAAGGAAUUGGGCGAAUUGGCGGAUUCGUUGACACAAGCACUCAACCUUAUGCCUCCGGACUCGAGAGUUGGUUUGAUUACCUAUGGAACCAAUGUCAGUGUCUACGAAUUGGCCAGUGAAUCCAUCUCCAAGGCGUAUAUUCUUCGUGGCAACAAGGAGUAUGCUCCUGGCAAGGUGGGAGAACUGUUGGGAUGCACGGGACGUCCUGGACAAGUUGCGCAACAGCAACCCAAUGGUGCCGCACCAGCCCCAAAUAGUCCGCCUGUGGGACCUGGACAACAAGUGUUGGAACGCUUUUUGCUCCCAGUUUCUGAGUGCAGCUUUUUGGUCGAAUCCAUCUUGGAAGAUUUGCGCAAGGAUCCAUGGCCAGUCCCCAAUGACAAGCGUCCUGCUCGGGCUACCGGAUGUGCGUUGAGCGUCGCUUUGAGUAUGUCACAUUUGGCCAUUCCUCGAAGAGGUGCACGCGUCAUGUUGUUUACAGCAGGUCCUUGUACUUCGGGGCCAGGAGCCAUGGUGUCGCGCCUCAAGGAGGAAGAUAUGCGAUCCCAUGCCGAUUUGGCCAAAAAGGCCGAACCCAUGUUUCAACCAGCCUGUGAGUUUUACGCCAAAUUGGCCAAUCCGGCCCACCAUAAUGCACCGCCCGACAAGAAAAAGAAAAAGGCACCUCCGCCGCCACCCACUCCCUCGUAUCACGUGGUGGAUGUCUUUGCGUGUUCGCUGGAUCAAGUGGGAAUGUUGGAAAUGUCCAAUCUAGUGGAAGCCACUGGAGGAUUGAUGGUCUUGGGAGAUUCCUUUGGACAAUCCGUCUUUAAGGAGUCUUUGCUUCGUGUCUUCAAUCGAUACCCAGACGAUGUUCCACAAGAUGGAGGACACCUCUUCAUGGCUACGGGGGCGAGCUUGGAAGUAUUUACUUCGAGAGAAUUCAAAGUCUCGGGUGCCAUUGGACCCGUCACGUCACUCAACAAACAAGGACCCAAUGUAUCCGACUUGGAAGUUGGCAAGGGAGGUACCAGUGCCUGGGGUUUGGGUGGUAUUGAUCCCAACACUACGGUUGCAAUUUACUUUGAUGUGACCAAUCCAGGUAAUUCACCAAUGAGUGAAGGCAAACGUCGGUACAUUCAAUUCUUGACAAAGUACCAACACUCCUCUGGUAAGACUCGAUUGAGGGCGACCACUCUCUGUGGAGGAUGGCACAAUCCUCCGGAUCCACCAAAGGAUGGAGCGCCGGCCAACUUUGGCAUGCAACAGUCUCCCGUCAAAAUGUCCUUUGAUCAAGAGGCAGCGGCAGUCUUGACGGCUCGUAUGGCGGUCUCUCAAACUGAAUCCGAUGAAGUGGCAGACGUCUUACGGUGGGUGGAUCGAUCCUUGAUUCGGCUGUGUUCCAAGUUUGCGGACUAUCGACCGGACGAUCCCAGCAGUUUCCGACUGUCCCCCGAGUUUUCACUCUAUCCACAAUUCAUGUUUCACUUGAGGCGAUCCCAAUUCUUGCAACUCUUCAACUCGAGUCCCGAUGAGGCUGCUUAUUAUCGUUAUGUGUUGACUCGAGAGAACACGACCAACUCGCUUGUCAUGAUUCAACCCACAUUGCUGUCCUACAGUUUCAAUGGUCCACCCCAACCAGCUCUUUUGGAUGCCGAAAGUGUCCGACCUGAUACCAUUCUUUUGUUGGAUACCUUCUUCCAAGUGGUUGUCAUUCAUGGAGAGACUAUUGCUGCCUGGCGUGAACAAGGCUAUCACGAGCAAGAAGAGCAUGCUGCCUUUCGAUCCUUGUUGGAAGCUCCUCAAUCCGAUGCCAUUCUCAUUAUGGAUUCGAGAUUCCCCGUCCCAAGAUAUAUCGUGUCAGAUCAACACAAGUCCGAGGCUCGUUUCCUAAUGGCCAAGUUGAAUCCCAGUGUGACACACAAUUCCAACCUCGAUGGAGGAGGUGGUGGUGCCCAAGUGAACACGGAUGAUGUCUCACUUCGAGUCUUUAUGGAACAUCUCAUGAAAUUGGCGGUGCAACAAUAA